AUGUGGAUUAAUUUAGGAAUCUUGCUUGCGAUAUCUGGGUUUAUUCAUCAAAUCAAAUGUACCAAUGUCCCAUACUCAGAUAUGUACCUUCCAGAGGGAACCAACGGCUUCGUAUGUGGAAUGGAUCUUUUUACAAUUGAUCAUCUACGCGAGGUUGUAAACAAAGUUAUGGAAUCAACUUUCUUUGAAGAAUAUUAUCAUAAAUAUCCAACGUUAUUCGAGGAUACACAUCUGUUUAAUGUGAAAUCAGACAUUCUUCUAUCAUGGCCUACAAUGCUGAACGAAAAAUUCUUUUACAGCCAUGCGGGAAAAAUCAGACUUAUCAUUAAUACCAGGGGACAAAUCAUGGGUUUGUUAACUGUAGGCCCUAAGAAUGAUGCCCAGAAAAUUAAUUUUGAGAAAUGCUACCCGGUAUACAGAUCUCUGAGGGGAAAAGAUGAUGAACGUGGAAUUCCGUAUGAGAGUACAACUAAACCCAGGCUCGGGUACAGUUGCGGUUUGAGAGUAAUCCUAAGGUCUACAGUCGAUAAAACAAUGAAAAUAGUCUCAAAUGAUUAUUUACUAAGAGGGAUGGUGAGAAAAGAUAAGCCCGCUAACCUUGAAAAAUAUACGGGUGAUGAAUUUGUUGGUGUUGAUCUUUAUUCGUUCCCUAUUCAUAGGAAAACACACAGCAAUACCCUUUUAGGUACGCCUGGUGUAUUACGUAUUGUUUUUGACAUAAGAGACAGUAAAGUCAAGGGGAUCAUCAAUAUACAAGACAGGAAAAAGAAAUGUGUACCUGUAUGGGACUUAUCAUCGACCCCAUCUACUAGCAUUUAUAGUCCGUCCUCUGUCUUAGACCUUGAGAUAAUUGAGGACAAUUUUUGGCCCGAGACUUGUUUUGGACAUAGGAUCAAGGCGAAAACAAUUUGGCUUUAUUUAGAGUUCGCCGUCAGAAACUGGAUGUCGAAGUUACCUGGUAGAAAACUGAAUUUCCCUAUUGUAAAACAGAAUAUCAUUCAGCUUUGGCCCAUGAGGAUUCCAGAAACCCAAGAUAACAAGUUCAAUGACGUUUUCGCGAUAGGCCACCACACUCGUCUUGGAACAUAUAGCUUAUACUAUGUUAAUACACGGCAUGGUACUUUAGUUAAACCUAGAGCUUGUCUGGACUUUUCUCACAGUAUCAUUCUUCAUUUACAGAGAAUUCACGGUCAAGUCACAGAAUUCUAG